AUGGAUGUGUUCCUCGGCGGUCCGCGAGCGCGCUCAGACAGCACCAGCAGCACAGCGUCUCAGGGCUCCAGGGGUAAAAUGCUCCUCCGCCAGCGUCUGUCUCAGCUGCUGACCUGCGUGGAGGACCUGAGCUCUGAUGACGAGGCCAGCGAGGAGGUGUCCCGCACGCUGGACGAAGCCUUCCAGCUCUGCGGAGGAGUCGCUCCCGAAGACACGUUCAGGUUGCACGUGGUGACAUGGAACGUAGCGACAGCGGAGCCUCCUGCAGAUGUGAACUCUUUGCUGCAGCUGGAUGUUCAACCACCCACAGACCUUUAUGUAAUUGGUCUGCAGGAGGUUAAUGCCACUCCUCUAAGGUACAUCUCAGAUUUGAUAGUGGAGGACUCCUGGAGCCACCUCCUCAUGGACACCCUGGCACCCAGAGACUUUGUCAAGGUUACAUCAGUGAGGAUGCAGGGAUUGUUGCUUUUGGUGUUUGCCAAGCGAAUGCAUGUUCCUUUCAUCAGGGACAUCCAGACCACCUACACCCCGACCGGCAUUUUUGGCUACUGGGGAAAUAAAGGAGGUGUGUCUGUGCGCUUUUCCUUCUACGGCCACAUGGUGUGUUUCCUAAACUGCCACCUAGCGGCUCACAUGAACUACGCCCUCCAGCGGGUCGACGAGUUUGAGUACAUCCUGGACGUGCAAGACUUCGACAUCAGCAACACGCCGCACGUCCUCGACCACAAGCUGGUGUUUUGGUUCGGCGAUCUGAAUUUCCGUAUAGCGGACCACGGCAUGCACUUCCUCCGGUCAUCCAUCGAAAACGAGCGCUUCAAUCUGCUGUGGCAGAAAGAUCAGCUGAUGAUGAUGAAGAAGAAAGAACCUUUCCUCCAAGAAUUUGAAGAAGGUCCGCUGAGGUUCAAACCUACAUACAAGUUUGACCGUAACUCUGACACCUAUGACACCAGCGCUCCAAGAACGUGGUUUGGUUUUAAUGGUAAAAAGAGGAAACCAGCCUGGACAGAUCGCAUCCUCUGGCGCGUCAAACCCAAAAGCCCUCCAUCAUCAGAUGACGACGACGAGAGGGCGUCUACUUCUACUAAUGAUGGACAGGAGGAGUAUCCAAUCACCGUCACCCAGGACAACUACACCUCUGACAUGAGCUAUGGAGUCAGCGACCACAAGCCUGUUAUAGCAACCUUCAGUCUGGAGCUGAGGAGGUGUUUUGACACUCCGCUGGUGCGCCUGUCUCCUGAGGGCGUGUGGAGCGCAGACCACGAUACGGUUCUGACUUACACCAUCCAGGAGGACUUCAUGUCCUCCACAUGGGACUGGAUCGGCCUGUACAAGGUGGGAUUUAAGCGUGUGUUAGAUUACGAGACCUUUGUCUGGGUCAAAGAAGACGACUUCCCAGAGGUCAAUGAAGUCGUGAAGAUAUCAGUGAAUAAGGAUGAGAUCCCGAUCCUUGGAGGCCAGUAUGUUUUAGGAUAUUACAGCACAAAUCUGCAGAGCAUGGUUGGCCUCAGCUCUGAAUUCAAGAUUUUGGAAUCUAAGCGGGCUGUCAAGGAAGGUCUGGUUCCUGGGAAGUUGAAUGGUCUGGGCAAAUAA